AUGGCAUCAAGCACUACAACACCUAUGUUUCCAGCAAUAGCACAAUUAUGUUAUGGCAAUGCUUGUCCUCGUUGUGGAUAUUGCACUGAUUGGUAUUAUGAUGGGAAUAUCAAGGAUGAUAUGGAGCGUUGCGAGCGUGGCGAAUCUAAAGACAUCAAUGAUGCGAAGCAUUGGCAUCGUCGUCCUAAUGGAGCAUGUCGUCAUAGUCAUCCUUAUUAUGGUCAUAAUGGUAGUUAUUUUUGGCAGGCAUGGCUUGUUCAAAUGUAUUAUAGAUAUGCUACAUAUCAAGCUGGUCUCACGAAACAUACAUUAUACAUUGAUAAUAGUGGAGUUGCUGCUUCAUUUAGUUAUACAGAAAAAGGCUCUAGAACUCUAGGCAAGCCGACUAUAGUCUUUAUUCAUGGGGUUUCUUCGAAUAAAGAAGCAUGGAUACCGAUCAUAAAAAAUAUUCCAGCUGAUCAUCAUUGUAUCACUGUUGAUCUACCAGGCCAUGGUGAAACAGUUGGCUUCAGUGAAGAUAUGUAUUCAAUCGAUAAGUUUAUAGAAAAACUCAAACUGUUUUUUGAUAAAAUGAAAUUGACCGAACCAAUGUGCAUUAUUGGCGCAUCGAUGGGUGCUUCGAUUGUGUGCUUGUUUGCUGCUAAAUAUCCGGAAUAUGUAUGCAUGAUUUGCUUGCUAGCUCCGAUAGCUAAUGAAGCAUCUGAAACUGAUUUAAUUCGACAACUGCGCGCUGGUGUAUACAAUACGCUUUUACCAGAGACACCAGAAGAAUUUCACAAUAUGAUCCAUACAUUGACGAUGAAAAGACCUGAUUUUCCUUCACCAUUUGUCAAUGGAUUUCUUCAUUUGAACAGGCUGUUGUUAAAAGAACAUAAAAAAAUAAUUGCUUCACUUUUCGAACACGAUUAUCCACAAAUCGAACGUCAUUAUGCAAAAUUGCGACAGUUAAACUGUCCAGCAUUGAUUUUAUGGGGCCGACAAGAUCAGGUCUACGCUUUUACUGGUGCGGAAUAUUUUCGCAAUUUGAUACCAAAUUCAGAAUGCCUUAUCUUGGAAGAUUGUGGACACAUUAUGGGUAUCGAUAAGCCCGACGAUACAACUAGGGCAAUCUUGACAUUUUGCGAUAGUCAUGUAAAACUAUUACAUUGA